ACCAAGAGAUCAAAGAUGUGAUCAAAAUGUGUAAAACUUUAACCGCGUUUAGAGGGCUACCAGAGAGCGAUCAAAUAGUUUUGCUUAAAUACGCCAGUCUUGAGAUCAUUGUCAUACAAAUGAUCCUGAAGUUUGACUUUGACGGACAGUUUUGGGACAUUAUUACGGAGAGUCAUUACUCUCACCUAGUUCAUUUGGAGCUCUUAAAGUCUGGUAAUACUUAUGUGAAUCACAAAAGCUUUUUAAGAAACAUGGGCCAGGAAUGGGACUCAGACCCAUUGAGCGCAAUAUUGCUAUUUAAUGCCGAGAGACCAAACCUUAUGGACAGAGACUUAGUUAAACUGGAACAGCAGACUUACAUGUAUUUACUUCAACGAUAUCUCCUAUUAAAAUAUCAGUCGGUGUCGGAUUCAAAAUCAAAUUUCUACUCGUUAUGA